CUCGCUGCUGGACGGCUGUCAGCGCACAGAAGAUGGUGGCGGCUGCGGUCUCAGCGUUGCCCACCGCGCCUGGAUAGAAAGCAACCACUCUGCUGCAGCGCACAGAUAAUGGUCAGAUAACGGGGAUAAAACAAUCUAUUAUUGCACUUAACGAGCCUGGGAAUGGACAGGCUUGACUCAGCAGCCCUGAGCCUUCAGCCCAUAUUUCUCCUGGAAUUUAAGAGGAAUUCGUCGGAGGUAUGAAGACAUUCUCUUGUGUAUCCCUUGCAAUUCAAUUAAAGUGUCUGGAUCAAGGCGGCACUCAGCUCUGACCUGUGGGACUCCUGGUGUGGGGGGUGCAUUGGAGCGGAGGUACCUUGUAAUUAGCCCCACUCUCUCCGGGCUUUCGUUGUCUGCCUUUUAGGGAGAUCGAGCAACGGUGGGCAAAGUUCACUUGAGAGAAAAAGGAGAGACUGGACGAUACUUCAUGUCUGCUCAAGGCUGAUCUCAGGAACCUCCAUGGUCACAAUAUCUGGACAUUCCGUGGGGCGCACAGUGACGAUGAAUUGGCUACAUUGAUUUUAUUGUGGGAUCCAAGGCAUACUAACGCAGACCCAAAACUGUUUCGUGAAAAGCCCUUUACACACGAGUUACUGACAGCUAAGGUCAAUUGAAAUAAAACAAUUUAUCGGGAUUGUCUGCGCCUCAGGUCUCAUGAAUGUGUCCUCUGCUCACGAUCCCCUUGUUUUGGAGAUGCAGCAGUGACGGAGACUUGCGAGGAGAAAGUCAGGAAAGGACGGGGCUCCGUCCGCGGAAAUAGUAGCUAUUAGGCCCUGCAGCAAGGAGAGUGUGUAUAAAUAAAAACGCUGAUUGCAGUUAUUGCGCUCACGUGCCCUGUACCUGGAGUUUCUCUGCGUCUUUAAAUAAAAGCUAUUUUUUCCAUCGAGACCACAAAUCACAGAUCUAGAGUCCAAUCAAACAUUGCGGAGGGUGUUUUUUUGGAUGAAGUUUUGCACAGACCUAUUAACAAAACGGGGUUAAUUCCAGGAGGUAGCCUAUUAGUGUGUAUCCUCAGUGGAGCUGAGCGGAACGGAAAACGGAGUGGAGAACUGGGAUUUAAUGGGAUGCACUGAUAAUUAAAAAAGGAUAUUGAUUGCAUCAGGCUAUUCGAAAAUGUAACUGGAUUUGAUUUCACACACUCACGAUUUCACAAGAACUAUUUAAGCACAUUUUCAAGUGGUUGUUUCUUUUUUCCCCCUUACGUAGAUUAUUUUGUAAUUGUCGAGUUUUCCAAAAUAUUGUUCCAGUAGGUGCAACUACGUGUGGCAGCUGAGUGAAUUUGGAAAAUAACAGAGCAAGCAGCAAGUUAACUGUGCAGUCAAGUGCGUCCAACACACGGGAAUUUAGAGGAAUGCAGGGAUUGACGUCAUGAGGGGCAAUAAUGAACAAGCCAAAACUUGUGGAAGGUCUGCUGGUGUUUCUAUAGCCAUUACACUGCUUACUGAGUGUAGUUUUCUCUGAGAAACAAUCAUUGCCCUAGUUGUUAUACUGCAGCCGCAUACUAAGCUUUACUUCUUUAUCAACUCGAUCUGUGAAAUAAGUGUCCCUUCUAGUAGUCUAAUAGUCUCUGAUUUUUGGAUAGAUUAAAAAGCAACAUGGCAUCCCCCCAACAUCAACAACUGCUGCCUCGCAACACAGAAGUUAGCUGUGACUCAAGUGGAGAUGGAGGCGUCUCCGUUAGGAUUGGCAGUAGUGUCAAACACAAGCAUGGAGGCGGGCCGCUGGGUUCAAUUGGAGGAGGCUUCAUGGGGGGAUCCAAGCAUUGCAAGUACAGCAUUUCAUCCAGCUGCAGUUCUGGAGAGUCUGGAGUCAAGAGGACAGUGGUUAAGAACUUUCGCUCACAGAAAAAGAUGCCUCAGCUUUUUGAGCGAUCUGCUGGUCAUUUCUGGGACCCUAAAUUUGACUCUUCAAUCCUGGAAGAAGCCUGUAGAGAACGAUGUUUCCCUCAGACCCGGCGGCGCUUCCGCUAUGUGCUGUUUUACCUGGUUGUCGCUGCCCUCCUCUGGGGAUUGUAUUUUGCUGCAAACCCUUCCCGCUGUGACAGGCUUGCCUUUCUUAUUCCCACUGCAUCUUUCCUCCUCUUCUGCCUCAUUCUCUUUCUCUUAACUUUUACUAAGCUUUACUCUCGCUGCUACAACCAAGCUUCGCUGCUGCUCAUCAUUGUAACCUUCACCCUAACCCUGGCCCCCCAGAUCCAGACAUCAAGUUUCAGGGAUACAGAGACUCCAACAGCUGCACUUGAUAUGGAAGAAUUCAGUGGCAUGGGGCCCGAUUACAACCUGUCCUAUGAUAAGCCUCUAGGAAGUAGCUCCUGGUCCCCUUGUAUUUCUCCUGUAGGCACCUUCUCCCUCUGUAUUGAGGUUCUUCUGUUGCUAUACAGUGUUCUCCAUGUUCGCCUCUAUGCUUCUAUCAUGCUCGGGUUUCUCUACUCUUUCUUUUUUGAGAGUCUGAGCUGGUUGCAUCUGACGCAGGCAGGGGAUAACUGGAGCCUAGCCUCUCUGUCAGACUGGGAUACAUUAUGUUGGCUUGGCCCAGCCAAAGCUCUGCUCCACCUCUGUGCCCACGCCAUUGGCAUCCACCUGUUCAUUAUGUCCGAGGUACGUUCGCGAAGCACCUUCCUUAAGGUGGGACAAGCUAUCAUGCAUGGCAAAGAUCUGGAGGUGGAGAAAGCCUUGAAAGAGCGAAUGAUCCACUCUGUCAUGCCCAGAAUCGUUGCUGAUGAACUCAUGAAGCAGGGUGACGAGGAGAUAGGUGACAAUUCUGUUAAACGAUACUCCACGAGCGGUGCAGCAGCUGUCAUCUCUAGCCCUAAAAACAAUAAACGCAAGAAAACCUCCAUCCCUCGUGGCCAGAUCAUAUUCAGACCCUUUAACAUGAAACGGAUGGAGCCUGUCAGCAUCCUCUUUGCAGACAUUGUGGGCUUCACCAAGAUGUCGGCCAAUAAAUCUGCUCAUGCCCUUGUUGGGCUUCUAAAUGACUUAUUUGGACGUUUUGACCGACUUUGUGAGCUCACUGGCUGUGAAAAAAUCAGUACUUUAGGAGACUGUUACUACUGCGUGGCUGGUUGUCCUGAACCCAGACCAGACCAUGCUUAUUGCUGCGUAGAGAUGGGCCUGGGCAUGAUUCAGGCUAUUGAACAGUUCUGCCAGGAGAAGAGGGAGAUGGUCAACAUGAGAGUGGGUGUCCACACUGGUACUGUGCUCUGUGGUAUCCUGGGCAUGAAACGCUUCAAGUUUGAUGUUUGGUCAAAUGACGUCAACCUGGCCAACCUAAUGGAGCAGUUGGGAGUGGCUGGGAAGGUCCACCUAUCAGAGGCCACUGCCAACUUCCUGGACGACCGCUACCAGCAUCAAGAUGGACAAGUCAUUGAGAGAAUAGGACACAGUGUUGUGGCUGACCAGCUCAAAGGCCUGAAGACCUACCUGAUCUCUGCCAGGAAGGUGGAGCCUCACUCUCUCUGUGGCUGUUCUCAGUCAGGGGUGGUGGGGCCUGAGCAUGCAGACCCUCAGUGCCCCAACCCCGGGGUACAAACACCUGAUGCAGACCCUCCAGCCGCCCCCUUGCCACCAGAUAGUGCUAAGAUGGGUAUGUCAGGAGCUCCAUUUGGCCAGCAGUAUGGUCAGUCUGGGGUGCAGCAGAUGGGGGCAGUCGGGGUCAAUGCCCAACAACUCCAGAACAAGACGGCGCUUUCCAACAACCUGCCACAAUUCCCUGCUGACUUGAAGGGAGCUGGGAGUUUGCCAAACCUGCGGACGUCAUAA